AUGCCCGACGUGGCUCCCGUAGACAACGUCGGCAUCGAGAUCAGGAUCAACGAAGCGGUGCACGACGAGGGGAGCGACGCUCGCUCCUGUGAAUUUGUCAAGAACUAUCAACAGAUUUACAAAUAUAAUUGUACUCUCAAAGAUGACUUUAUCAGGAAAGGACUAGAUAAAUAUAGAAACAGAAGUAGAGAUGGUUCAAAAUAUAUGGACAAAUUUCCUGGAGAUGUUGAAAUGGCUGAAAAAUUAACAGGAGGUGAUCCUGACAUAUUAAGCCAUGAUAAAUUUUGUCCAGAAGAAAAGCCAAACAUAUCAGCUUUGUUUGGUGACAAAAAAAUUCCUAAAAAGAAACGAGAACGUGAAGAAGGUAGUAGAAGAAGUGAUAGUAUUGAAAUUGUACGAAAAAUCACGCAUCCACGAUUUUUAAAAGAAAGUGAUCAUGAAGUUCGAAUUCGUCAACAACCUAGCAGUUUACCACCUACACCAAACAAUACUGGUUCUCCACAAUAUCCUUGUCAUUUCUGCAAUUUUACUUCUUCACGAGUUAAUGUUAUCAUCUGUCACAUAAAAAGUCAUAGGUCUGGAAUUUCACCAAUGUCAAAAUCAAAAGUAAAGACAUAUUCUCAGUAUAGGAGUAGAUAUUCUGAAGUAGAAACUCCUAAAAGAAAAUAUGUAAAGAAAGAGAAAAGUCAAUCAAAUAAAAGUAAAAGUAACAGUGAAUCUGGUAAAAGAAAACAAACUAAACAAAGUGAGAAAGCUGCUAAAAAGAAGAAGACUUCAGAUCCUAAAAUUCGUGACACUAUAUUAGCAGACUGGGAAGAUGAAUCAGAUGAAGAACUUAGUUUAAAUCAGAGUAAACCUGAUUUAACACCUAUGAGCAGUUCACCAACAAAAGAUCAAUUUGAUUUUGAGAAGUCAGAAGAAUCUAAUGAAAAGAACAAUACAAUAACAGAUACCAAUGAAAUUAUUGAAGAAACAGAAAAAUUACUUAAAGAAACUGAAAAGUUAACAACAAUUAGCGUAACGGACGAUUCUUUAUCAGAUAGUACCAGUACUUCACAAAAUUUUAAGACAAAUCUCUUUGAUAAGCAAUUAGAAUCAGAAAAAAAUGACAGAGUGCUUGAUGUUGAGAGUAAUGAAUCCAUUAAUAAAUCACAAACAGAAAAGGAAACUUUUAAUGUUGAUAAUGAAGGUAAAUUUAACACAUCUGAUAAAGAUGAUAAAAAAUCAUUAUUAUCAUGUUUUGAUUUUCAUGAAGAAGAGCCAUCCAUACCCCCUGUAAGGAAAAAAGCACGUGCAUUUCAUCAAAAGAAAGAAAUCAUAAAGGAAUUUGAAAUGAGUCAAGCUCUGAAAACAGAACAAGAAAAAGAAAUUGAAAAUUAUAAAACUGAAGAUGAAGAUAAUGAUACUAGUCCGAAAAAAUGUGAAAAAUUACGUACACAGUCACCUUUAGAUGAACAAGAUUUAGAAAAAAGUGAGAAGGUUGCAGUUGAUAAACAGACAAAUAAUGAAGUUGUGCAGACAAAGGAAGAAAUUGAAUCUAAAAAGGUAUCAGAAAAUAUUAAAAAAUCUAGUACUUGUGAAACGGAACUGGAAAUUGUAGAAAUAUUUGAAGUUGAAAGAGUUGAAGCUGAAAAUGAAAAUGCUGUAAAUCAUACAAAAAAGGUUGAAGCACAAGGUUCUACUAAAACAAACGUAACAGUAAAUGUUAGCAAAGAAUUAACAGCAAACAAAGAGUUAAAUACAGAAAAGAAUGCUGUCAAUGAUAAACAAAUAGAGUCUAAAGACACAGCUACAGAUAAUGAAAAUGUAGAAAGUACAGAUUCCUUAAAAGAAACUGAAGAAAAUUUAUCUGAACGACUUACCACAGAAACAGAAGACGAAAUUGUUUCUGAGUCUGCUGAAACACUUCCAGAACAAAGUGAAAAUUCAGAUGUAGAUAUGCUAGAUCAAGAUCAAGUGCCUAAUUCAAAACCUACAAGCAUUAUAUUAAAUAAUAAUCAGUCAAUUCCACAAAUUCGUAAACGUAGAGGGAGACCAAGAAAAUCAGAGUCCCUUUGUAUUGGUACUAGUGGAAGUGCCAGUGAAAGUGAAAGUCCAAGAAUAAGAGAUAAAACUGAUUUAAAACUUUUUGAGAAAUUUGAAUUAGAAAGUAGGACUUCAGAAUCUGAUAAUGAACGUUCAUACAGUGGCAGAAAACGAAAACCAAAUAAAAAAUACUUGGAAUCUGAUAUAUAUGUGCAAGAUGUAGAUCAAAAGAUGUAUAAGACUGAUGAAAGUCAAUCUGAAAGUGAAGAAAAAGGUUCUGAAAGAAUAAGAAGUAAAUCAAAACGAAGUAAGAAACUUAUAAAAACUGAUAAAACAAAUGAGGACAUUGAUCUUAAAGAAGAAAAAGAGAUAGAAAUGUCUUGUAAUGUGGAUACAAUAAAGAAUAAUAUUAAUUCCUCCAAUAAAGAAUUGAAGGAUGAUCUAGUUGGAAAUAAAUCCGAAAACCAAAUGUUAGUAGAAUUAGACACAAAACUUGCUGACAAUCAAGCUUCUAUUGAAAUUUCUGAAAAAUUACAAAUGUCUGAGGAAGAAGAAAUAGUAUCAAAAGGAUCUAUUCUUGAAGAUACAAAAUCUGUAACAGCAGAGGAUAGUACCACUAAAGCAGAAGGUACAAUCCUUGAGCAUGAUAAAACAAAAGACAAUGAAAAUGAAAAUAUAUUAAGAUCAAACAAUUUUCAAAAAGAAAAUUUAAAAGGUUUUAAUAUAGAAUCUUCGAGUACACUUCAACGGGAACUUUUAUCGGAGAAAGAAGCAUCUCAACAAUCAGAUGCUUCAAAAACUGUUGAUAUGCUUCCUCCUAAAAAAUCUCAAAUAAAAAAGUUUGAGUUAUCACAAAUUGAUUUUUUUGAUACUGAUGCUUCUACUAAUAAAUUCAGUACAGAUUUUGAAUUAGACAGUGGGAAAGAAAGUGAAGAAAAGAAGAAAGCCAGCACAGAUUCAGAAUCAAUUAAUUCUUCAAAGCAGAAAGAAAAUCUUGUUCCAGAAAAAGUUGAAGUAGAUGCAAAGAAUGUAGAAACUAUAAAAGAUGCAAGCCAAAUAAAGGAAGAAAAUAAAAUUCAAGAUGGUGAAGAUAUUGUAAAUGUAAAACACGAAGUUCAACAAAUGGAAAUUGAAACAGUAAAGAAAGAAGAACAAGAAGUUAAAUUAAAAAACCUAGAACAAGUAUCUAAAGAUCUAACAAGCAUAUUAGGUGAGCAACAAACUCAAAAAGGAGCAUCUAUGCAAACAAGAUAUAAAGGAAAAUUUACACCAGAAACGGGUGCUAAAUUAAAAAAAGACAAAGAAUUAUUUCCUGAAGAAAAAUCAACAAAUACAUUCCAAGAAGCGUUCUUAAAAACUUUACAUAUGGACAAGAAGAAAGGUACAACUGAAGAUUCUGAUACAACUGUGAAAGGAAAGAAGGGUAAAAAAUUAGUGAAGAAAAAGCCUGAAGAAGAAGAAGAUACAAGUGUUUCUGCUGAAAAAAUUCAAAGCACGACGACAACCACAGUUGAAGAUUCAAAUAUUGCAGAAAGUUUUCCCAAUCUUUCUCAAGAUAAUUCUCAUGUGACGGUUAUGAGUAAUUUUGAAGGUAUAGAAGUAGUAGUUGAUCAAAAUCUUGAAAUUGACACAAAAGUAGAUGAUAAUAUGUUUCAAAAUGUUGAUCAACUUACAUCAUCACCAAAUGAAUUUAACAUUAUGUCUAAAUCAUUGGCUCAAUCAUCUUCUACUGAAGAUAAUUCUAAAUCUAUAAAUUUAGAUAUACAAAAAGUAGAUGAAUCUUCAAGAAUGUCAACUUCUACACCUUCGCCAUCUUCUGAUGUUACCGUACCGGUAAAAAAGCGUGAAAUGCCAAGAAUAAUUGAAAAUAUAACAUUAACUGAACCUAUGCAAAUUUUAAAAUCGAAAUUACUAGACAAAUUACCACAGAAAGGAGUAAAACACAAGUUAGAAACAGAAAGUACAAAAAAGGGUGAUCAGAAAGGAACUCCAAAGGCCAAAAUAAUGAAAAUUGAAUCUUUACCUUCAAAUACCAAAAUGAAAACUGGUCUAAAGGUUACAUCUCCACAUUUAUCAUUGACCAAAAAGUUACAAGUAUUGAAAGCUGAAGAAGCAGAAACAGCUGCAAUGAUAGAAGCACAAAAUGAACAGUUAAAUGUAAAAACUUCAAAAACUUCUACUACAACUACUACAGAGAAAUAUAUUCAGCAAAGUUCACAAAGCUUGGCAGAUAUGGAAUUAGACAUAAAUUCAAUGCCAUUUGUUUUGAGUGAAGAUGUUUUAACUCCAGAAAAUAUUGACCAAAUGCCUGUUGUUAUAUCUUCCAUUAUACCUGCAUCUAAUACAAUUCCUGCAACAUUGUCUUUUACACCAACUACACAGAUAGUAUCACCCACUCAAACUCAAUUUAAAUUGAAUGAAAGUACAAGUGAAGUAUCGCCUACGAAGAAAAAGAGUGGAACUCCAGCAAUCUUGAAGAAUAAAAAUAAAGCAAAACCUACAAUUACAAGUAUAAAAACGUUAGUACCACCACUUACGGGUGGCGUAAAAGGUAUCAAAUUCCAAAGUACACCAGCAACAAGCAAAGUACCACCACUUUUAACACAGAAGGGUACAUCAGGAAAAUAUGUAGUUGUACAAACUUCUGGAGGGCAACAAUUACGUUAUAGCGUUCAAGGAAAAAGUGGCACGCAACAAAAAAUUGCUAUACCGACUGGUAAAAGUGCUGGAAAUGCACAGGUAGUACAACAAGGUGGUAAGGUAGUUAUAUUGACAUCAGCACAAUCAGGCCAAACCAAAAUGCUACCUUUAAAUAUCUCUAAAACAUUGAGUGGCAAAGUUCAAAGAAUAAUGACAAGUAAGGGCCAAGUAUUUUGUCCUAUCAGUCCACAGGGUAUCAUAAAUUCAAAAACAAUUGCUCCAAAAGGGGAUGGCGUUUCACCUACAACGUCUAAGCUUCCUGCAGGACAUAAAAUUUUUAAUACACAAGGUAUAAUAGCUUCAAAAGGAGUUCUAACUCCUAUUUCAGGUACAAUUGCAAAAACUGCUCUGUUAGGAACGUUAUCUCAAGGAAUUAUCACGAAAGGUGGAAUUUAUACCCCAAUAAGUGCUUCUGCAUUAAGUGGAAAAACUAUCAUUGGAUCAAAAGCUUUAGUUACAAAAGGUGCAACUAUUUUAUCUUCACAGAAUCUAGGUACUUCUAAAGCUAUCUUAACUCCUAUAUCUCAAGCUAUUGCUGGCAAAACGAUUUUAAGUGCACAAGGUAUUGUAAGUACUAAAGCAACAGUUUUGACACCAAUAACAGGACAGCAAGUAAAAGCUAUUGCAGCAAAAAGUCCAUCUAAAGGCAAUAAGGUACAAUAUCAAUCUGUACAACAAAAGGUGCAGCUACCUAUGUUACAAAAAUCACAAAAGGUAUCAAUGUCUACUGCUACACAAGGAAGAUCUGGACAAAUGAAAACUGGAGGUAGUACUGUAGUAUUACAGAAUACUAUUUCUACACAAAAGACUAUACAGCAAGGAAAGAAAAUAAUUAAACAAACAGUUGUACAACCAGGUUCUGCUAUGCAAAAUAUUACAUCUCAUGGUACUGCUCAACAGACAGUAGGUAUAAAUCCACAAAUUCAACACAAAGGAAAAGGUGUGUCUACAUCAACCAUACAAAAAAUGAUUAUACCUCGUAGUAAUCGACAACAAAAAACACAACAAAAAAUUGCACAAAAAGUACAAGAAUCUACAAUUACAACUGUACAAAAUAUUCAAUCGAAACAAAUGGUCUCAGGACCGUUAACAACUGUGCCAAAUGUAUCUAAAACAACAAUUCAGCAUAAACAAGCAGUUAGUACUGCAGCUGCAAAGGUUGCUACAAAGGGUCACGUAAUGAAUAAGACUACUACACAGCAGCAGAAAAAUUUGCUGAAUAUUGCAAUGAAUUCGGUCACUGCAGCUAAUGUGAAUACAAAUCUUUCUACAUCUUUGUCUCUUCCACCAUUAGAGCCUAUUGAAUCUGAAAGGAAAUCAAAAGUAGAAAAUGUACUUGUUGAAUCUGUUCAAAAGGAGCAACCUAAGAUAGAAAAGUUUAAUAUUGACAAAGGUGGUGAAAUAGAAAAGAUUGAAGAACCAAAAAUAACAACUCAGCCACAAAUAAUGGCUUUACCAACAGAAAGCAGUGAUGGGACACAAACUUAUGUUCUUGUAACUAUUGAUGAACAAGGACAAAUACAACCUCUUGAUAAUAAUACUCUUAUGUCACUAGAAGGCACUACACAAAAUCCAGAUGGCACAAGAACUCUGUACAUAGAUCCCAGUUCAUUGGGAGAGGCAGGUACAUUGGACAAUAUUGUUCUUCAAUUUGACAAUGGUGUAUUACCAAAUAUACAAACUAGUGGCGCAGAAACUACUCAGACAAUUAUAUCUGAAAGUUUUCCUACUUCAGAAGUAAUGCAAACAUCGAAUCAAGAUAUUCUAGCUGCUGCAUUGGCAAACACAGAUUUCCAACAGGAGAUCAGUUUGACAGAUAAUCCUGCAGGAAAUGUAAUGACCACAGGUUUAACUCAAACAAGUUUAAUCAAUCAGACUAUUUUGCAGUCAACUAUUAUACCUCCUACAGAACCAAUUUCUUCUCCAUUAGUGCUUGAAACUUCAACGACUUUAAAUCAACCUAUAAUGACACCUCUAGAGGUACCUAGUAAUUUGCCAAUACAGUCAGAAUUAACUCCAACUUCUGCUGUGACAACCAUCCCAACUUCUCUCGAAUUACCGAUAACAAUCACAAAUCCUAAUAUUUCAUAUAUAUCAACGGGUGAAGCACAAAUUCAGAUUCCUGGUAAUUCUAUGCCAGAUAUUGGAGAAAUCAUGGAAAGUCCAAGUACAGCAGAUAUUGCUCGAACGGAAAUUCCUGCAAGUACUCAGUAUCUAGUAUUGCCAAGUUUAGAAGAUAAUAUCACUGUAGAAACUCAGAGCGUGUCGAACAGUGCUAUUUCAAUGCCUAAUGUUUCAUAUUCAGUUUCGAUACCAAAUAAUAUAGUUCUACAAAGUUCACAAGUUCAAACUACUCCUUCAAUGCCUAUAAUAGAUGAUACUUAUGCUGACAAUGUGCAAUUUACUACGACUAUAGAACCGCCAAUGACAACAGAACAGACUUUUGUAGAUGUACCUGUUUCUGCAAUGCUUGUUUCAAAACCUUCUAUUUCCACAGAAACUGUGAAAUCACAAGACAUUACUGUAACAUCAGAAAUGAUAGUAUCUGAGAAUGUUUCUGUAUCCUCUCAAGAACCUAUUGUGUCAACAAACGAAUCUUCCAUCGUAAAUGAGGAACAGGAUGUAGAAAUGCCUUUGCAAGAAGUAUAUUCUUCUCAAGAGAUUUCCAUUAAGCCAGAAGAAAUAACCUUGAAAGAAACAGUUGCUAAAGAAGAUAAUUCAAAUGUAGCAACGGGUAGUCAGAGCGAAGAAGUUAGUAAUAAUGAUAAUGUGGUGCAUGUACAAAUUAUGGAGCAGCCAGACGAUGCAAUGACGAGUAGCGUGUCAAUGAUAGACGAAAAUGCUUUAGUUACCUCUGAAUCCAAUGUAAAAAUGUCACCUGUAGUAGAACACCCGAGUUUUGAGGUUUCGGAUUCAAACGAAAUAGAUACAAAUACUUCGGAAGAAUCAAAAAAUAUAAAAAAAUUGAAGGAAUUAAGUUUCGAUGAUCAGUCUGAUAAUAAGACUCAUUCUCCUGUAUCUGAACAACAACCAGCAACAUCCAACGAAGUAGAAAUAGUUCAAGAGGAAGCACAAAUUUUACCUGCAGAGUCAUUGAAUCGUUUGGAGGAACAGAGCAUGGAUAUAGAUGAGACUGUUGAACCUAAAAUUUAUGCUGCAAGUACGGUAAAAGAACCGGAAGAUUGUCAAAGAGACGAACCAUCGUCUCAGGGAGAGACAAAUCUGGUUCAGAGAAACUUAGAAUUACAUUUUGAAGAAACAAGCGCAGAGACUAGCCAUGAAACCCCAUCACAAUCAUACGAACAGUUUGGAAUAGCGGGAACCACCGAUUCUACUGAUCUACCUAGUCAAUCUGCCACAAAGUCGGAAAAUUCAAGAGAACCCUCGCAAUCAAUAACGUAUGAAUCCAUGGAAACGGACGAAGAAGCAAUUGUGACAGAACCACCAACACAAUCAUUUGAGCAUUCAAAGAUCAAUGAAGCUUCUCAAUCGUAUGAAACUUCCGCAGAAGCAAGUACAAAUGCACCUACGCAAUCUUUCAAUGAACUAAUGCAAAGUCAGGAAGAAAGAUCAACUGUUGACGAAGCGAUCGAUGAUCAAACGUUUCCAACACAAAGUUACGAAGUUGGUAAAGUUGAAAAUAUUCCAGAAAAUUUGGAAACAGACGCUGAAAUUAGUCAAGAAGGAAACAUGCCGUCUCAAUCUAAUGAUAUCGGUACUGAUGGCAUUGGUACAUCCUCAGUUUCUACAAAUAAUUCUGGACUUAACGAGGACGAAACUGCAAGUUCGUCUUAUGUUCCAGAAACACCUGAGAACCAAGAAAGGGAUCCAGAUCAAGAAAGUGCAAUAAGUACAUCAUCUUGCGAAAUUCCACCAUGUGCUGAAUUGAAUAUUGCAUCAUCUAGUGCAGAGCAUACAAGUAUCCAUGACAAUGGAGUACCUGAAAUACCUACAUCUUCAUAUAAUUUAAAUCCGGACAUUACUUCAACUCAUGUAGAUUCUGUACCAACUUCUAGCUAUGAAGAGCAAAAUGUAUCAACUUCUUAUGAAGUACCUAUUUCAAUGCCUGGCCUAGAAGAAACUCCCUCCCAGAAUUUUGUUACAGAAAGUACAGAUCAUAGAAAUGAACCAUCCAGUUAUUACACUCAUCACCAGGAAGUAACAGCAAGUUAUUAUGAAUCUGUGGGACAAGAAACAAAUUCUAGAUUGGAUGAAGACCCACAAGAGGAAGUUACUCCCAGCUAUUAUGAUGGUAAUCCACAAGAAGCAAGUCAAAGUUACUUUACUCCUGAAGAAGCUACACCAAGUUAUUCCAGUCAUAACGUAUCUCCCAGUUAUUAUGAUCAUAGACCAGAAGGUGAAGCAAGUCAAAGUUACUACUCUGCAGAUGAUAUAGAAAAAUCAGAGCAAUCCUCUUCACAAAAUAUCGAGGCAUCCCAAAGUUUUUACCAAGAACAGUCUGAUGAAUUAAAAUUAACACAACAGGGAGAAGCUACUCCAACAUAUACAGAAAGGUAUCCAGUUGAUUACCCAUUAGAAAAUUCACCAAUAGAAAGGCACGAUCUUGUAGAAAGUUCUGUACCAGCCACUAGGCCUACAGAAAGGUAAUACAUUAUCAUGGGAAAUAGCAUUGUGCUAUGAGGAGAAUCCUUGUUUUCAUAGACUAAUGGACAUUGUAGCCAUUGAUAGAUAAACUCGAGUCUAUUUUCAAAUGUAAAUAUAAUAUUAAGAUGAUAAGUGA